GACACCAGUGUGUGCUUUGUGUUGAAAACAGCUCUCAGGGAAACAGAGAGAGGAGAUGAGGCGACACAGAGACGAAGCACAGGAAGCUAGAGCCAACAAAAAGCUCAAGGAUGACUCCAGAAUGGCCUAUGUGCAAACUAUCUUGCACAGUGUUCAGCUGAGAAAGACACCAACACUGCAGGAUUUACUCCAAGAAACGGAGACUAAAUUUGAAUUUCCACACUUGGAUAACAACAGCAGGUUCUCCAUGUCCUGCUGUGAUGUUUCCGUUGGAACCAGGGAAAGUCUUUCACCAGGCCCCGCCCAACCUCCAAAGAUUUCCACAACAUACAGUGCCUUUUUUCCUUCAGGUAUGCCGCCUCAGCAAAGUUUCCAGGAAAAACACCUUGCUGAGAGACGGGACAGCCAACAAGGAUUACAGCCAUGUUCCUUUAAUACUGCAAGCCACCACUCACUAUCCUCAGGUUAUGUCACUUGUGAGAAUCAAGAAAAUGCCACAGCUGAUUCUGUCCGGACGAUUGGCGUCUGGACGACAGAAGAAACAAACAACAAUGGUGGCUUUUUCCUUCACAGCACCUCAAACACAAUUGCCAAGAUGCCUGAUAUUAUCAGCCAUCCUCCCAUAGAUGGAGAGGAGCUAGAGAGGACUGGACUCGAGUCGUUCUUUUGCACAAACAUAAUGGGACCUAAAGAUCUGUGUAGCACCUCAUUUCACAUCGAUUCACUGAGAUGUGACCCUUUAAGAGCUGAACAGCCUGAAUUCAGUCGUCCGCACAGUCGGAACAAAGAGGUUGACAUUCCUUUUACAGCCCAGCUAAAUCCUGCUAGGAAUAGCAGCACAGAAACGAAUGACGGAUCACUUGCUUUGUCAGAAAAAAACAGCCUGUCAGACGAUGCAGAUUUACAGCAGUCGCUAAAUCUGACAGAAGUCAUCCAUGUUCAGAAACCUCCCGGCAAAGCAGAGGCAGAACCUGCAGACAUUGAGAUUGAAGUCGCUGACUUAAAGCAACCCAAGGAGUCUCGUCCUCUUAGCCUCCAGGCUUUGCUGAAGAAGUCUCAGGAGUAUCGGCGGCGCCAGCGGAUGCUGAGGAACCAAGCCAGAAACACUAAAAUGCACCAGGAGAGAAUUCAGGAGAAGCCAAAAGGGCGAGUGGAGGAGCCGAGUCUUUCUGACAAGGAGAACGAGGAGUUACAUCACAAGGGCGCUGUGACGGUAGAGGGAAAAAAGACUAAGGAGGGAAGAGGCACUCUUGUCUGGUCAGAGGAAACCUUGCCUCAGCAACUCUGGAAAACAAACAGGAUUGAGUGUGAAGGUGUAGCAGAAGAUGGGAAAGCAAUGGAACGCCUCAGCAUUGAAGAAGAGACAUUCUUAAAAAACAAGCUGAACAGUUCUCAAGACGUCACAGCGACACCAAAACAGGUCGGUGUUUUGAUUCAGCAGCAGGAGUCUUUGUUGAAAACCUCCCUCAUCCAAGGAACGUUUUAUGAGCCACCUUGUCUGCCGUCUUUUCAUGGAGGAGUUGAGAAGUACCGUUCUGUUCCAGUCCCAAGCUUCUGUCUGAGUCCCGCUCCCUGCAAAAAUAAAACAGAAGAUGCAGCAAGAACACCAGAACCCAAAUCAGAUUCCAGUUCUGACUUUAACGACGUCAGCGUUAAGGACAUAAACCUCGAUUGCCAACAGAGCCCAACGGAGGUUCCUUCUGGGAAUGUCAUCGUUGGAGACGAUGCCACAAGCGUGUUCGCCAAAGGUUCGCUGCACAUCGAUCAGCUCGAGUCCAACCUGUGCAGUCUGAAGGUGCUGAUCUCAGAUCUGGAGUCCACAGUCAAAGAGAACUUGGACGAUCGCCGGGACCCUGACUGCAGCGUGCAAAGUGAUGAUAACCUUGAGAGCAGCAAGGACCAUGAGCAAAUCGAAAACGCUUCCUUCUGCUGUUUGAAGGACACACAGGAUGCUGAUGAUGACAAUGAAGUAGAUGACUUAAGGCAAAGACAAUCAUUUUUUCAGUUUAAGAACACGGAUAAAGAUGUGGGACCUAAUCCAAGGUCAAGUCUCAGGGAUGUUUCCCUACAGAACGGCUUUGAGAUCAAUAAACUAGGCCAACAUAGUCAGGUCCGAGCCUCAAUAAAAGAAAACAGAAAUGAGAUGAGUCCAGAAGGAGGAUGCAAUAGUAAAACACAGUGUGGUGUCCAACUCCCUUCUAAAAAUACAAUGUCCAUAGCGCAGCAGAUGCGAAUACCCAGUAUUUUCCGAAAUGUUGCCUGCAAAAACGUCUUUGCGGCUCACCUUUCACAUCUUAAGGAAAAAGUAGCUGCUGGCGCUGAGGGCUCCGCCCCCUCACAGUCUCUUAAUCGGUCGUAUGACGUGGACACACCGUCAGACCUUUGGUUGCAGGAAGGAUCAGGAUCCGACCUCUGCUCACAGCGUAGCUACAGUCAGACAAAGGGUCUGACUCCAGAGAGUGGUGGUGAGGAUCAGUUGGGGGUGUGUAAGGUCAAACGGAGACUGCUCAUGCAUGUGACCGAGGGGACCGUGGAGAUGAAUGAAGAAGGGUGGCGAGCAGUGGACUCUGUGGUCAGACCAAACUCCUGCACUCCUACAGCUGGGGUGUAUUUGUCUGAAGGCUGCAGCUUUCAGAAACAAGAGACACUGAAAAGUAAACAAGAGCGACUGAAACAGAUCCAUGCAGCUCAAGUCCGAGCCCUGCAAGAGGAGCACAGGAAGCAGCAGGAGGAACUCCUACAGGUGUUGGCAACACGUUACCGUCUCCUGCAGGACGCGUCUCCCUGCUCUCGACUUGGGGACGCGUUGACCUUCUCCAGCCUCCCUCAGCCUCUGAGCCCGCUCUCGCGGCGCUGCCGCCCCCUGGUGGCUGCAGCCGUAAAAGGCUUUCUAACUCGCAGGCUUCUGAGGACAGAGAGAAUUGCGCAGCUGGUGCGCACCAUCAGGGACACGCAGCAGUUCCUGCAAGCCUUCCAGCAGCAGAGCGCCAGCAGAGGGGAUCGCUGUAGUAGGCAAGAUGUAUUAUUGCAAGAGAGAGUCGCUCUGCAGCUGCGCGCCGCCCGUUACGAGGUUUACGACAUAUUCUUCAGUCUGUCAGCCGGAGAGCAGAUGCAGCUGAUCAGAUGGGACAGAGAGCUGGCCAGAGAGAGGCAGCUCAGACGGCAGAACGGACAUGCCGAAAGGAAGAGUUCUCUGUCUGCUGCGACGCAGAAAUCUCUGGAGAGAAAGAGAGAAAGGAUGAUUCAGAAAAAGGCUGCAGAAUGUCACAGGGGGGCUCCGGCGCAGACCGGCCCGAAGUCUGGAUUCUCCGUCGAGAAACCACAGGAGACGAAACGGGGACAGUUUAAAGCAACUCCUCAAAGGGUUCCCAAAAGCGUUUGCUUGUCUAGACCUCGAUGAUACUUUUCUAAUUGGCCCCAGUGAGAACUCCUCUUGCAAUGUCCUCAGCCAACUGAAUAAAUGCUAGAUAAGAAACCUUUUAGAUGUGAAAUCUAAAUGGAUGUUGUAGCUGACCGACCCCAGGAGACACCCAGGAGAUUUAGAGAUGCUGUUUCAGGGAAAACUAAUUAUUUAUCUAAUCUGCUUCUUUUAUUGCUCAGAGUUUUCAGUAGAGGAAUCGUAGCUCAUCAGAACAGAAUAUUCUCAAGAGUUGAAAACAAACGCCGCCGGCGGUUUGGCUCCUAAUUCAUGGCUCACUUGGACUCCACACAUCUUUAGGGGUAUUCAGUCCCCUGACGUGCAUUUUUACUCAGUUUUGGAGCUAGUGAUUGCACCUAUACUAAAAAAAACAAAAACAAAUAAAUGAUGUUUUUUGUGCCUUCCAACAAAGUCAAGCAAAGUAUGGAGGGCCAAAAGUGUUAAAAAUUAUUACAUUUUUUUUUUAUGUCUGUACAUAUAUCCAUAUUUGAAGUGUUAAAUGCAGAUUUGUGUAUAAUUAUUUCACUUUUUGUCUUUCAUGGUUCCAUUGCUGCAGUGUCAUAAUUUUAAACUGUUUAAUUCCUUUUUUUAAAACAAACUUUGAUAACUGAAAAAAAUAUCUGCAAGACAAGUCAAUCAGCUUGACUGGAGCAGUGUUAAUCCCCCUUAACAGAUGUGCUGCACAUGUGGGACCAUUAUUUAUAGAAUGACAUUUAAUCGAAUUUGAAUUACUUGUGUCACAUUUCAAUAGUCUAUUUUAAAUUAUUUUUUAGCACUAUUGGCCUUCCUUAGUAUUCCCACAGUUUGGCUGUUUUGACUUUUGCUUAUUCUGUUCUCAGACAUACCCAAAUGUCACUGUCACAUUUUAGACUUGGAUGUUUUUCAUGCUUGGAAGCAUUUGUUGCCUUACAGUUUGUACCAUUUUAUAAUUAUAGAUUUGCCAUAAUAUGUGUAGACUUUGGCUUUUGUACAUUCUUGAGUACAAAGGCUCAGUAUGUUUGGUAUUUAUUUGUUUAUAUUUGAUAAUAAAGGUUUCUUAUUGUUUUAUUUUUCUGAAAAUACAGGAUUAUAUUGAUAGCUUUCAUAAUUACAUUCAGAUCUGCAGAGAUGCAUCAAAAAUUCAGAUGACAAGAUGGGAGUGGCAUCUAUUCCAGAAAUUUUUGUUGUAGUGGGUAAAAGGGUGAGUGAUGUACCAUAUGUCACUUAAA